AUGCCACAACAUCAUCGCUUGACUAUUUUUAUUGAACAAUUAAAUGAGAAAGCAAAUUUGUGUAAUAAAUUUGCUAUUUGCAAAGCAUGUAAAAUUAAAGUGAAUUAUGAAUAUGCUUAUGAAAACAAAUUUGCUAAUACAAAGCUUCUCUAUACUGACAGUGAAUUAACAAAGCAACGAGUACAAAAUAAAAAAAAACGAACACGUUAUGAAGGUUUUGGUAAAAAUGAAGAAACUGACGAUAAUGAUCUCAUGAUGCCUUCAGAUAUCAAUACUUCAGCUAUUACAUCAAAUGUGUCAUGUCAUUCAUCAAUUUCAAGCAUAUCCACACAUAUUACUUCUACUUCUAGAGAUAGUGGUCCAAUGGAUAAAUUUAAUCUAGUAAGCCAAUAUGGUCCAAGAAUUAAAGAAGAUUAUUUAGAUCCUGGUGAAGAAUCCAGCCAUAGUAAUCACAGAAAUAGGCGUAAAAAUACUAAUAAUGAAAAUAUAGAAGCUGUUGAUGAAUUAAUAUUAUCAAAUUCCAUUUGUGAUCCUAUUAAUGAUGAGGAAUUCUGGAAAACACAAAUAAAACAAUUAUAUCACUCUAGUAAUGCUCUUACUAAUGAAAAAAAUCUGAAUAAUGAUGGUGGCGAAAAUAAUAUAAAUGGUAAUGAAUUAAGUUUUGAAAGAAUAAUGAAUUUAUGGAACCAAAUGUUAAGAAACGAAAUAUUAGAUGAUAAAUCUGAUUUAGAGGAUGAAAAUAAUGAAAUGGAGAAUUUUGAUAUUGAUAAUUAUCUUUCUGAGUAUAAAUAUCCUCAACGAGAUUCUACAGCAAAAUGGAAGCUAGAAAAUUUAUUUAGUGUAGAAUUAGAAGUGCCUGAAUAUGUAAAUAAUUUAUAA